UGACAGUUGAUUGCAGUACUUCUUCAUUGUUGGUGUGUUGUGACCAGUAGUGAUACGAAAGUAUUAGUUGAAUAUUUGAUUAAACAAAGGUUAAAGUUUAGUGCAAGAUGAGCAGAAGAAGGGCCCACGAGGAGGAGGAUGGAUACGACAGACUUCAGAAGAAACGUCGUAGGGUUUCUGAAAAUCAAGAGAUUGAGGAUCGUUUGGAAUCGUUGAUUCUUCGUGUAGGCGAGAAAAGUACUUCGUCUCUUGAAUCGAAUUUAGAGGGUUUGGCUAGUGUGUUGGAAGCAGAUUUGGGCACUUUCCGUUUGAAGAUUUUACGUAUUUUAACUGAUUGCGCCAUCCGCAUGCCCGAAAAAUGCACUAUUUACACUACACUGGUGGGAUUGUUAAAUGCUAAGAACUACAAUUUCGGCGGUGAAUUCGUCGAGUAUAUGGUGAAGACUUUCAAAGAUUCGCUGAAAGCGUGCAAAUGGAACGCGGCUAGAUACGCGUUAAGAUUCUUGGCUGACUUGGUGAAUUGUCACGUGUUGUCGGCUUCAUCUCUGCUCCAGCUAUUGGACAAUAUGAUUGAUACAGCUAAUGAAGAUAAUGUCCCACAGGUGAGAAGAGAUUGGUACAUCUUUGCUAUCCUCAGUACUUUACCUUGGGUCGGACGGGAGUUGUACGAGAAGAAAGAAGCCGCUUUGGAGCAUUUAUUGGUAUCGAUUGAGAUUUUCUUAAAUAAGCGUAGCAAGAAGCAUCAUAACGCUCUCAGAGUAUGGGCUAGUGACACUCCACAUCCCCAGGAGGAAUACUUGGACUGCCUCUGGUCGCAAAUCCGAAAACUGAGAUCUGAUAAUUGGGCGGAGAAACAUAUUCCUCGUCCGUAUCUUGCUUUCGAUUCGACACUGUGCGAGGCUUUACAGCAUAACUUACCGAAAAUUAUACCACCACCGCAUCAAGAUUCCAACAAAUACCCCAUGCCCUGGGUGGUGUUCAGGAUGUUCGACUACACAGAUUGUCCAGAAGGUCCGAUCCUUCCUGGAACCCAUUCGAUCGAGAGAUUUUUAAUUGAGGAGCAUUUGCAUUCGAUCAUUGAACUGUAUCAUUUGGAGCGCAAGGAUUGCGCCGCUCAUCUGUUGAAUUUCCCGUACAAAUUGAAGAUUCCGUUGGAAUAUUGCAUUGUUGAAGUGAUCUUUGCUGAACUGUUCAACAUGCCCUCACCGAGAUUUUUGGAUAUUGCGUACGGAGCUAUGCUUAUUGAGCUCUGCAAACUGCAGCCGUCGACUAUGCCUCAAGUUUUGGCACAAGCUACAGAAAUUCUUUUCAUGCGUAUCGAUUCCAUGAACGUGUCUUGCUUCGAUCGUCUGGUGAUUUGGUUCUCGUACCAUUUGAGCAACUUCCAAUUCAGAUGGUCUUGGGAGGAUUGGGAAAGCUGCUUGAGCUUAGACAGUGAACACCCAAAGCCUAAAUUCAUCAAAGAAACAAUGUUAAGAUGCAUGAGGUUGUCUUAUCACCAGAGAAUCAAGGAGAUUCUUCCAGCGAAUUUCUCGUGUUAUAUACCUGAGAAAGCUGAAGCGGAAUAUAAAUAUGCCAAGGAAGGAGCCGCUGCUCUCCCCGGUACCGCUGCGGCUCAUCAGCUGGUCGUAUCUUUUAGGCAGAAGUGCACUCCUGAGGAAGUUCUGAACGUCCUCAAGGACCUACCCAAUCCUCGACCAGAUGAUGACCCUGCAUCGGAAAGCCGCUUCAAUCCGUUGAAGAUCGACGUCUUCGUGCAGACGCUGCUCAAUUUGGGCUCGAAGAGUUUCUCACACAGUUUCUCUGCAAUUUCGAAAUUCCAUUACGUUUUCAAGAUUCUCGCCGAUUGCGAGGAAGCUCAGAUAUGUAUAUUGCGCAAUAUGUUCGAGCUGUGGUACAAUCAUCAGCAGAUGAUGAUCGUGUUGAUCGAUAAGAUGCUGAAGACGCAGAUCGUGAAGUGUUCGGCUGUUGCCAACUGGAUCUUCGCCAAGGAGAUGUGCCAGGAGUUCACGAAGAACUACAUUUGGGAGAUUUUACAUUUGACUAUAAAGAAGAUGAACAAGCAUAUCAUCAAAUUGGGAGGAGAGCUGGCCGAGGCUAGGGAGAAAUUGGCCAGGGCCGAGUCGAGUGAAAGCGAGGACGAGGAGGAAGAUGAGGACAAGAAGAAGCCGGAGGAUGCGGAGAAGCCCACCGAGGAGAUGGUAGAAAGGAUGGAGGAGAAGCUCGAGGCGGCGCAAGGAGAUCAGAAGAAUCUGUUCCUUAUCAUCUUCCAAAGGUUCAUCAUGAUUUUAUCCGAGCAUCUUGUUAGGUGCGACACUGAUGGACGUGAUUACAAUACGCACUGGUAUAGAUGGACUAUUGGCAGAUUGCAACAAGUCUUUUUAGCGCAUCAUGAACAAGUUCAAAAAUACAGCCCGACAUUAGAGACGCUGCUGUUCACGCAGGAUCUGGACCCGCACGUACUAGAAGUUUUCCACCAGUUCGUUUCCCUCCAGGGCUAAAUUAAGCGAGUUUUC